AUGGCCAGAAAAAGAGAACUUUCAUCUGAAACUCGACAGUCUAUUCUUGUUCUUAGAAAUGAAGGCUAUUCCAUGCGAGAAAUUGCUAAGAAAUUGAAGAUUUCCUACACCGGUGUGUACUACUCCCUUCAGAGGACAGCACAAACAGGCUCUAACCAGAGUAGAAAAAGAAGUGGGAGGCCGCGUUGCACAACUGAGCAAGAAGAUAAGUACAUUAGAGUCUCUAGUUUGAGAAACAGACGCCUCACAGGUCCCCAACUGGCAUCUUCAUUAAAUAGUACCCGCAAAACACCAGUGUCAACAUCUACAGUGAAGAGGCGGCUGCGGGAUUCUGGGCUUCAGGGCAGAGUGGCAAAAACGUUUGUGAGACGCAGAACAAAUGAAAAGAUGCUGGAAGAAUGCCUGACGCCAUCUGUUAAGCAUGGUGGAGGUAAUGUGAUAGUCUGGGGUUGCUUUGGUGCUGGUAAGGUGGGAGAUUUGUACAGGGUAAAAGGGAUUCUGAAUAAGGAAGGCUAUCACUCCAUUUUGCAACGCCAUGCCAUACCCAGUGGACAGCGCUUGAUUGGAGCCAAUUUCCUCCUACAACAGGACAAUGACCCUAAACACAGCUCCAAAUUGUGCAAGAACUAUUUAGAGCAGAAGCAGGCAGCUGGUAUUCUAUCGGUAAUGGAGUGGCCAGCGCAGUCACCAGAUCUGAACCCCAUUGAGCUGUUGUGGGAGCAGCUUGACCGUAUGGUACGCAAGAAGUGCCCAUCCAACCAAUCCAACUUCUGCUGGGUCGGUCGCUUGGCCAAGUCAGGUCUACAGCUAUUCUCUAUUGUUUACGACUGUGGACAGUUUCACCUGGGACUGUUUGUAGCCCUACAGGCCCAUAGCAGUGUUUAA